UCUAACUGUUUGGGACCUUUUAAAAACAAAAUGGCAGCUUACUUGUGCGAGAAACGUGUGGUAGAUUUCUCUGUUUUAUUACUUUCUGCUAAUAAGAAGUCAAUCUUAAAGUGUACAAGAAAUUUACAUUCACAUAAACAAGCAUAUUCCUGUCUAUAUAAGCUAUCCUCAAAGUUUUGCAAUAGUUCCUCAAAAUUCGCUAGUCAAUCUGCCGGCUCUGCUCCAUGGGGUAUUUCAACGUCAUUUCUAGUGAGACACAAUAGCACAUUAGACGAUGGGUCAAGUUUACAUGUACAAGAACAGGUUUCACAAAUUUCUGACCAGCUAGGCUCAUUGCCGUCAAGUAGCGUGGCAACAACAGCAGCUGAGAUUCUUCAGCCUGUUGCUGAGGUGCCCUUCUCGGAGCUUGGACUUGGUGGCUACUCCCCAGUUGGAUUACUACAAACUGCAUUGGAAUUUCUUCAUGUGUCUGCUGGCCUACCAUGGUGGGCUGCCAUUGCUACAGGUACCCUGAUUGCGAGGGUAGCAGUUUUUCCUAUCAUUGUCCGUAACCAACGGUAUUCAGUUCGCAUGAAUAAUGUGAUGCCGACCUUCCAAAGACUGACGGCAAAAUUUAACGAAGCAAGAUCUUCCGGUGAUCAAACAGAAGUAAUGAUGGCAAGUAAUGACAUGCAACAGUUCAUGAAGAAACAUGAUAUAAACCCAUUGAAGAGUUUUAUGGGAAUUGCCGUCCAGGCUCCAAUAUUCAUAUCAUUUUUUAUUGGUCUACGAAAAAUGGCAACAUUACCAGUUGAAAGCAUGCAAGUUGGGGGAUUUUCAUGGUUUACUGAUCUCACAACCACUGACCCUUAUUAUGUGAUGCCAGUGAUUGCGAGCCUGUCAAUGUUGGCUGUGUUGGAGGGUAGAAAUAUUAAACAAACAGAAAGACUGGAAUACAUGCAGCCACCGGAAAAUUCAAAAUCAAGACCACCGAAAAGUAUGAUUAGUUGGAGUGAGGGUAAAUGA